AUGAGCGAGUCUGGUGAGCCUGCUUCUCCCUUGCCUCCUAUUCCAAGCCCAAUCAUACACAAGCGUAACCGGACCUUUUCGCAGAGCAUUAGAGCUGCUGAGGCUGCUGAAGAAGGAGGUGUCAUUACCUCCUUCUGCCGUGAGAAAGGUCAUGGCUUCAUUAAAGCGGAUAAUGGGGAGCUCCUCUUUGUUCAUGUUUUUGAUGUUGAUGGUGAGGUGGUGCCUCUGGCUGGUGACCGCGUUCUUUUCAAGAAAAUUCUCAUUCCUCCCAAAAAUGAGAAGUAUCAGGCUGUUCACGUGAAAAUAAUCGACUUUGUUCCGGAACGUCACCAGCGCUGGCAGGAAUUGCCUUGUCAGUAG